AGAAAGAGAGGAAAAAGGAAUAGAAAAUGAUGAAGAACCAAUUUUGCUCUAAGAGCCUUUUCCUCGUUUUCCUUCUUGUGGUCACACAGUGGUUGACCAUUGAGGCCAAAACUUGCAAUCCUAGUGGCAAAAUAAAAGGAAAAACUCCUCCUCCAGGACAAUGCAACCCGGAAAAUGACUCUGAUUGUUGCAAACAAGGCAAAUCUUACACCACUUACAAGUGCUCACCAAGAGUCUCUGGCCACACCAAGGCAGUCUUGACACUAAACAGCUUCGAGAAAGGUGGAGAUGGCGGCGCUCCCUCGGAAUGCGACAACAAGUUCCACUCAGACAGCACUCCAGUGGUGGCCUUAUCCACGGGAUGGUUCAAUAACAUGCAGAGGUGUUUACAGAACAUAACCAUAUAUGGUAAUGGGAGGAGUGUGAAUGCAAUGGUUGUGGAUGAGUGUGACUCAACAGCAGGAUGUGAUUCUGAUCAUGAUUUUCAGCCCCCAUGUCCUAAUAACAUUGUCGAUGCCUCUAAAGCUGUUUGGAAGGCCUUACGAGUUCCAGAAGGCGAUUGGGGUGAACUUGACAUUUACUGGUCUAAAAGCUGCAAUCCCAGUGGCAAAAUAAGAGGAAAAAAGCCUCCUCCAGGACAAUGCAACCCUGAAAAUCACUCAGAAUGCUGCAAAAAAGGCAAGUUUUAUACCACUUACAAGUGCUCACCUCCAGUGUCUAGCCACACCAAGGCAGUUUUGACAAUCAACAGCUUCAAAAAGGGUGGAGAUGGCGGCGGACCCUCGGCUUGUGACAACAAGUUCCACUCAGACAACAUUCCGGUGGUGGCCUUAUCCACAGGAUGGUUCAACAGCAGGCAGAGGUGUCUACAGAACAUAACCAUACAUGGGAAUGGGCGGAGUGUGAAGGCAAUGGUUGUGGAUGAAUGUGAUUCAAGAAGAGGGUGCGAUGCCGAUCAUGAUUUUCAGCCCCCAUGUCCUAAUAACAUUGUGGAUGCCUCUAAAGCUGUUUGGAAGGCCUUAGGAGUCCCCAAACAUGAUUGGGGUGAACUUGAUAUCCUCUGGUCUAAAGCUUGA